AUGGUGGAUGACCUCUGCGACAGCGGACUGACCCUGGAGACAGUCCGAGACCGGCUGCUGGCCGCGGGGGCCGCGAGUGUCAAGUCCGUGGUGCUCCUGGACAAGAAGGCCCGCCGCAAGGUGGACUUUGUGCCGGACUACGUUGGGAUGGACUGCCCCAACCAGUGGGUGGCCGGCAUGGGGAUGGACACGAACCAGAUCUACAGGGGGCUGGAUCAGGUGGUGGUGCUCAAGGAGGACGCCAUAAAGCGGGCCCUCGCGCUGUCAAAGUGA